CACAAAAGUGGCCAGAUUGUAAGAUCUUAGUAAAUGCUUAAAGGUGUGUGCCCUUCCUAACCCACCUAAAUCUUGGAGGAUGUGGCUCUCUCCAGUGAGGAACAUUUAACAGGAGUGGGAACUCGAGAGCUUUCUCAUUUGCAAGUACUCAUCACACUUGCAUACCUGUUUGCCACUUGUCAGAUAUAGUGCAGGGACUGCCAUUCUUUUUUUAUUCAGCCCAGCUUGGACAGUGGCAGAGGCUGCACACUCUAGUUCCUUUAAUUCCCUGUGCCAGUUGAUGGAAGAGCUAUUUAUUAAGCACCUGCUGUGUGCUAAGCAGGCUCUGUGCUAGGAGCUAAAGGAACAAGGUCCUACACUUCCCAGAACUGAAAAUAAAUGCUUGUGAAUCAGCAGAGCGAGCGUUUAGCGCAGAAAGGAGAGAGGUCAGUGGGAGCCAAGAGAUAGGAGGGUUGAAGGACUCUAGAAGAGGCUGCCAGAGAGUAAACAUUUGGACUGGGUCCUGAUGGGCGGUUGGCAUUCUCUAGAGAAGGCACUAGGCAUUCCAUGUAGAAAGGACAGCAUAUGCACACAGAGGGAAAGCUAUGUCCAAGAGCACUUAGUUCUGAGAUGACAACCAAGGAGGAUAUGGGAUGAGGGGAGACGCCUACUUCAUUGGAAUGAGGAGCCUGGGGCAGCAGGCAUCUAUCUCUGAAGAUGGGGGACUUUUCUUCCUCUGCUGCAUAGACAGAGACUGGGCUGUCACUCAGUGUUUUGCUGAAGAGGCCUUCCAAGCACUCACUGACUUCAGUGACCUCCCCAACUCAUUGUUUGCCUGCAAUGUUCACCAGUCUGUGUUUGAAGAAGAGGAGAGCAAGGAAAAAUUCGAGGGACUGUUCCGGACCUAUGAUGAAUGUGUGACGUUCCAGCUGUUUAAGAGUUUCCGACGGGUUCGAAUAAAUUUCAGCCAUCCCAAAUCUGCAGCCCGUGCCCGGAUAGAGCUUCAUGAGACCCAGUUCAGAGGGAAGAAGCUAAAACUCUACUUCGCCCAGGUCCAGACCCCAGAGACAGAUGGAGACAAACUGCAUUUGGCACCCCCACAGCCUGCCAAACAGUUCCUCAUCUCACCCCCUUCAUCUCCUCCUGUUGGCUGGAAGCCUAUCAGCGAUGCCACACCAGUCCUCAACUAUGACCUCCUUUAUGCUGUGGCCAAACUAGGACCAGGAGAGAAGUAUGAGCUGCACGCGGGAACUGAGUCUACCCCGAGCGUCGUGGUGCAUGUGUGUGACAGCGACAUGGAGGAGGAGGAGGACCCAAAGACUUCCCCAAAGCCAAAAAUCAUCCAGACCCGGCGUCCCGGCCUGCCACCCUCCGUGUCCAACUGAGCGCGUCCAUGAUAACAUGCAUCUCCUCUUAUCAUGCUUCCCCCCCCACCCCUUGUUGUUUGUCCAAACAAUUAAUUGCCUUUAAGUCCCUGGGUGUUUGGUUGUUUGCGAAUCCUUCCUUGUAAUUAAGCCUCUCGGACAAAAGGGCUAGGCAAAGGUGAUAUGUCUCCCAACCAACUCCUACCCAUUACCUACAAUCCAUCACUUAGAAAGUUCUAGAUAAAGGGUAGUAUUUUCUUAUUAAACAAUCAGUACAGCCCA